CCGCCAAGGAGCGGCCCCGAGGAGCGCCAAGAUGGCGGCGGCGCGGCGGCUCUGCGCGGCGGCGGGGCUGGGCGGGCGGUUCUGUCAUAUGCUGUUAAAAGAUCAUAAUCUGACAACUCGACAGCCUUUCCACCAACUUCUGCAAAAGAAGCCAUCUCUUCCAUCUGCUGUGUGGCAUCGUGCAGUAAGAGGCAUGUUUAUUCAAACUCAGGACACACCAAAUCCAAAUAGCUUGAAGUUUAUUCCAGGAAGGGAAGUGCUGGAAUCGAGGACUAUGGAGUUUUCUACACCAGCUGCAGCAUAUUGCUCACCUUUAGCAAGACAGUUAUUCCGGGUUGAAGGAGUUAAAAGUGUUUUCUUUGGACCAGACUUCAUCACAAUCACCAAGGAGAGUGAAGACCUGGACUGGAACUUACUGAAACCAGAUAUUUAUGCAACUAUAAUGGAUUUCUUUGCCUCUGGCUUACCUGUGGUUACUGAUGAGGCACCUAGGACAGACACAGCUGCUUCAGAAGAAGAUGAUGAAGUUGUACUGAUGAUUAAGGAGCUGCUGGAUACAAGAAUCAGGCCCACAGUGCAAGAAGAUGGUGGUGAUGUUAUUUACAAAGGCUUUGAGGAUGGGAUUGUGCAGCUGAAGCUGCAGGGUUCGUGCACCAGCUGCCCCAGUUCCGUCAUCACCCUCAAGAACGGGAUACAGAACAUGCUCCAGUUCUACAUCCCUGAGGUCGAAGGCGUCGAACAGGUUGUUGACGACGAUGAUGACGUGGAGAAAGAAGCAAAUUCUACUUGAGCUUCAUCAUCUGUGGCCAAAUAAGCAUUUACCUCCUCAUGUAUGUAAACCAUCUUUGUGCUGAGGAACAACCAAAUCUGCCUUGUCAGAAAAAUAGUUGUACUUACAGUGAGAAUGUACCACCAGUUUAAGCAGUUCAUCCAUUAAUUUAUUAAAUGCCCUGUAUUACAAAAAAAAUCUUUUGUUCUACUUUGUGCUAUGUCUUUACAAAGAAAUGGUGGGCUCGGAAAACGGUGAUGUGUUUCUGUAUUGUUUUUUCAUACAGAAACUUCAAUACUGAAAAAAAAAAGAAGGCAUAAGUUUCUUGACUUUUUUUGUGCAAUAGCAAUAUUAAAUAUUUAUUCCCCCAACUCUGGGACUGACAGGACUCUCUGUCCUUACUCUGUAAAUGGGAGCUUCAGGAAUGUUAAUUUUAUCAAGUCUUGUUAAAAAGCUGCUGAUUCCUAUCAAAUUUUUGUGUGUGAAAGAUAACCUGUAACAUCAACUGUUCAUUUUGGAGGAUGUAACACUGCCAUGGCUGUGGAAAGUUACCACUGUGCAAACAAUAGCAACAGAAACAAAAAACGUUUGUUAUAAAAAUCGUAUCUUCUAAAGUAAAUGUUAGAAAAGAAUGAUUCUUAUCAGCUUCAGUAAGUACAGAGACUAAUUAGCUCAUUUAGAAGUAAAAUUGUUCAGCCACCAUUAGUGGUGUGUUUAAACAUGCAGCAGCUGAUUUCUCGGUGUAAUUCUCCACCACGGGGGGAAGGUGCAGUGCUGGAGGGCACGGACUGCCUGUGCAGGAUGGCAGAGGGAAGGAGGGACUGUGUUUGUGUCUGCUCCUGCCACAUCCUGUUUGCUCUCCGGCCUCGUACCUUGGCUGCCUCUGCAGGGCGACGUGGCAGAGCAGGGCUCCUUCCAGUCCUGCACACUAUGGAAGAGAAAUAUUUGUUGUUCUGACAUUGAAAUACUUAAAUGGGGCUUUGCAAGGAGCUGUGUUUACUUUCGUGGGUAGGAAUGAUUUCUUCCUGGUGCCUGGCUUCAGCAGAUGGCUUUGUGACCAGGAAUUCUGUUCCUACUGGAAGAUGGGGAAAUGGAAGAAAAAUCAGGGUGUGAAGUCAGCCCUUCCCAAGUGACGGGGGAGAGAAGCACUGAGAGCAGGAUGGGAGAGCGCUGCUCUGCACGCUCCAGUCCCGAGAUACCUCCCUUGGCUUGUCCCGGUGUGUCCUCACUGUGGAAGAAAGGCCGGGAGAUGGCUGUGUGCUGGCUGCAGGCUUCUAAUGUUUCUGAGAUCCGGUGACCUCACUGCUCUGUGUUCAGCCAGGUUCUGGCAGCAACUUCAAAAUACUCCCCGUCCGGGUUCUUUUAUGUGUCCUGACAUUGUGGGUGGUUUUCCGUGCUUUUUAAGGAAAUAUUUCUUUAUUGACUUUUUAGUGUAAUACAAAGUUGAAUGAAUGGCAUUUUUCUUAA